AUGGCGCACUUUGCCACUGAAAUUCAGGGGUUCCCAAAUGCCCAUCCCUCUUUGAUCUUGUACUAUCAGGACUAUGACCAUGAUAUGGAAGACUGCCAUGACCUCCGAAAUCAGAUUGAAGAACUAAUUCGGAGAGGUCACCUCGGGCGCUACCUCAAGGAACCAAAAGAAGCAUCCCCGCGUCCCAGGGGUCUAGUCGAGAAACAAAUCAACGUCAUUACUAGUGGACCAGUGGCUGGUGGUAGUAGCUCGGCGGUGAGGAAGGCCUACGCCUGUAGCAUGGUGGAAAAGGGCCCCAGACCCGAGUUCGAGCCCGAAAUCACCUUCGGAACCGAAGAGGUCAAACGCUCCCACCACGACAACACUUUGGUGAUCUCCAUCCAGAUCGCUAAUUCCCGGGUAAAAAGAGUGAUGGUCGACAUCAUGAGCUCUACCGACAUGUUGUACCUCGACACCUUCAAGAAGCUCAGCCUAACUAAUGAGGACCUCACUCCCAUGGCGUCGACACUCAUCGGAUUCAUGGGGGAUUCCAUCUCCCCGCUCGGAACCACCAUCCUCCCCGUUACAAUCGGGGAAGGACCGAGAGCCAAAAUAAUGAUGACCACCUUCAUGGUAGUCGACCUGCAAUCGGCCUACAAUGUCAUCCUUGGCUGCCCGACACUCAACAAACUGAAAGCGAUGGUCUCCACUUACCACCGGGCCAUCAAAUUUUCGACUUCAGCAAAGGUUAGGGAAUCCCGAAGUGAUCCGGGAGAAUCAAGGCAGCUACCUUACAGCGGUCACUCUUCCGGAGAAGUCGCGCCCCCGCCAAGCCCUCGGUCCCCGUGA